AUGUUACCAAUUUGCCGAAACUUACUUUCUUUUUUCAGAGGAACAUUCCGAUGCCGAUUUAUUCGAAGAUCUCUCGACAAGAACAUCAUGUUCCAUAAAUACUUUGCUUACAUGAUCUGCUUACAAACAGCCAUCCACACAGGCGCCCAUUGUUUUAACCUUGAGUGGUUUGUCCAGGCUCAUGACAGUUCAGACUCGGAGCUUCGAGAUUUCCUGUACGCGUUGAGUCAACUUCCGAUUACCGAAAAUGGAACAUACAUCAAUCCAGUUCGGAACGCCAACGCCAAUCCUGUGAUUGAAUUGUUUAAAUUACUGGCCGGUUCAAGCGGUGCUGUGAUAACACUUUGUCUCAUCUUAAUGGUCACGUCAGCGACUGAUUUGAUAAGGCGUUCAUAUUUUGAGGUCUUCUGGUUCACACAUCACUUGUUUGUUAUCUUUUUCAUUGGUCUCAUUGUGCACGGCUUACAGGGCGUUGUACGUCAUCAAACAAAUGUGAAUGAACAUGACCCAGACUUGUGUUAUGAAAAAUUUGAAAAAUGGGGAAAAGAUCCAGACUGUUUAGUGUAUCCCAGCUUCGGUGGGACACCAGCUAAAGCUUGGAAAUGGGUGGCUCUUCCUCUUUUUCUCUACGUUAUCGAGUGUCUUAUCCGCCUUUAUCGAAGAUAUCAAAAAGUAUUUAUUACUAAGUAUGAUUUUGGUCCAUAUCUCCUUAUACCACUCUCUCCCUUUCUAUAUCCCCCUGCUCUUUCUUCUUAUCUCUAUCCCCCAUUCCCUAUCUUCUUAACUCUAUCCCACCUUCCCUGUCUUCUUAUCUCUAUCUCUCAUUCCCUGUCUCCUUAUCUAUAUCCCCCCUUCCCUGUCUCCUUAUCUAUAUCCCCCCUUCCCUGUCUCCUUAUCUAUAUCCCUCCUUCCCUGUCUCGUUAUCUGUAUCCCCCCUUCCAUGUCUCCUUAUCUAUAUCCCCCCUUCCCUGUCUCCUUAUCUAUAUCCCUCCUUCCCUGUCUCCUUAUCUGUAUCCCUCCUUCCCUGUCUCCUUAUCUCUAUCCCUCCUUCCCUGUCUCCUUAUCUGUAUCCCUCCUUCCCUGUCUCCUUAUCUAUAUCCCUCCUUCUCUGUCUCCUUAUCUGUAUCCCUCCUUCCCUGUCUCCUUAUCUAUAUCCCUCCUUCCCUGUCUCAUUAUCUCUAUCCUUCCCGCCCAGUCGCCAAUAUUGUAAACUGGGUAAAGUUCACCUUUCUCCCCUCCCUCUUUACCACUCUAUCUCCGUCCCUCCUUAUCUCUCCCCAUCAUUCUCUCUUUAUCUCUUCCCUCCUCCCCUUAUCUCUCUACCUCAUCCCUAUACGUCUCUCCUUAUUUCUCUUCUUCUCCCCACAUCGUUAUAUUUCUAUACUUCCCUCUCUCGCUUUCGUCGUGAAGCACCCCUGCAACACAAUCCAACUGCAAUUAAAACGCGCUGGCGGGUUCAAGAUAGAACCAGGUCAAUACGUAUUUCUACAGUGCCCUCGUAUUUCGCGACUAGAAUGGCAUCCCUUCACCUUGACAUCUGCACCCGGCGAUGACUACAUAUCUGUUCAUAUUCGUCGUGUCGGUGAAUGGACAAAUGCCUUAGCAAAAGCCUGCUUUGUAGAUGAUAACAUCACGCCAACACCACGUCAACUUCCAAUUAUGGCAGUCGACGGACCAUUUGGUACAGCCACGGAAGAUGUCUUUACGUAUAAAGUAGACGUAUUCAUUGGAACAGGAAUUGGUGUUACACCGUUUGCGUCAGUCCUUAAGUACAUCAAGUAA